UUCCCAAACAAGUCCCUCCCAGAGUUCAGGUCCGUCAAACAGCAAAGAAAGAUGGCUACAGCCAUGAUAAGAGGAACAAGGCUUCAAGUGAUGAAUGCGACGUCGUCCUCUACCGGCAGCAGUGGACGGAAGCUCAUAGAGUCCGGCACGGUGAGGGCGAUACAGGCGAGGGAAGCUUACAAGGCGAUGAGCACAGAGGGGUUUGUGCUGCUGGACGUGAGGCCACCGUGGGAGAGAGAGAAGGCACGUCCCAAGGAGUCAGUGCACGUGCCAAUCUUUGUGGAAGACAAGGAUGAGGGUGUUGUGACUCUGUUAAAGAAAUGGGUUCACUUUGGUUAUAUUGGAUUGUGGACAGGUCAGUACUUGACUACUAUCAACCCAGACUUCCUUGCUCAAGUGGAAAUGGCCAUUCCUAGCAAGAACACUAACAUUCUUGUGGCCUGUGGUGAAGGUCUCAGGUCCAUGAUAGCAUUGUCAAAGCUGUAUGAAGGAAGUUAUAGAAAUCUGGGAUGGCUAGUUGGAGGGUUUAAUCGUUCUAAAGAAGAAGACUUUCCAGAAGUAGAAGGACAGGAAAAGUUGCAGUACGCUACUAUAGGGGGAGUGUCCUACUAUUUUCUUCAGUUGCUCUUACUUCUACAGUCUGUAAAUAAAGGAUAAAUCUCCAUGUGUUGUUCGUAACGUGUGUUCAAGCUCAUCUCUGAUGCCUUUAUAUAUGGCCAACUCUAUGAAAAAUGGGACUGCGUUUGUAGGUUAGCUAAGUGUGAGGAAUUAUAUUAAGACAAACUUAUGGGAUUUUACUCGUUAGGUUUUAAUACUGACUUGAUUUUUUAUGUUGGUAUAAAGUCUACGAUCUCUUGUCUUAAUUAAACAUGUUGCCAAAUGAUUCUUGACAAGAAGUCCCUUGUCUCCAUAAGGCCUCUUCCCCAUAAACACGGUCCAAUAAUGCAAGAAAUUUUCAUUA